GAGGAGAGAAAACAACAAAUCUCGACCGUCCAAAUCCAAUAGACAGAGGGUUUCUCGCGAAGAGAACACGUGCUUCUCUACCUUUUGUUCCCUUUUUCCCAUUUCUUUUGCUUCCAUGCAUGGAAUUCUCCUCACACUCCAACACAAACACAGCACGAGAACGAGAGAGAGAGAGAGAGAGAGAGAGAGAGAGAGAGAGAGACUGUGUGCGGCGUUUGUUGAGAGAAAGCAGAAUGGAGCCAGAAAAGCGGCUGAGCUUUGAUUACUCGUGUUAAGGAACCCAUCUCUUCUCCGAAGUUUUUGAUUCUUAUUUCUUCCUACCAAAAAAAAAAAAAAAGAAAAGGGCAAUUUUUUUUUCCAAACUUUAGAUAUUGGGGAUUUCAAAGUUUGUGUUUUUUUUCCCGUCUCCUGUUUUUGUUUUUCUUAGCUUGGAGGUCGGAUCUCGUACUUAGCACAGAACAACUGUCACAUCCUAAAUCUGAUCGCUGCGAAAGCAACAAACUUGCUGCUCUCUCUCUCUCUCUCUCUCUGCCAUCUGGGAUUUGGGUGUUCUUCGGGUUUGCAGCAUCGUUUCGAAGAUUUCAGUUGCCUGAGAUAGAUCGAGCGAUCAAAUGGAGCAGAACAGAGAGAGGAACUUCGUGUGCAAGUUCUGUUCCAAGAGGUUCUCUUGUGGGAAAUCACUCGGAGGCCACAUACGAACUCAUAUGAACGAGAAUUCAGUUGAUUCAAACGAGGAUGAGGCGAGUAAGCUCAAAAUCUCUGACAAUGGCGGCCAAUCCAGUUACGGUCUGAGGGAAAACCCUAAGAAAAACAAGAGGUUCGCCGAUCGAACUGAGAUGAACUCUUUGAAGCAGCAGCAGCUUUUUCUGUGUAGAGAGUGUGGAAAGGGGUUCAGUGCUCUGAAAGCUCUUUGCGGUCAUAUGGCUUGUCAUUCCGACAGGGAGAAAGUGGUAAUGGACAGUCAGUCUGAUACUGAAACUUCGUCGGCUCCGAUUAGGAGGAGAUCCAAAAGAGUGACGAAACCCCACAAAGCUUUUGUUCUUGGCGAUGUCAAUCAAUCCAGUUCGGUCUCUUUUGCUAACGGCAACUCGUCUUCUGUGUCGGAGAUCGAACAAGAACAGGAAGAACUGGCAUUGUGCUUGAUGAUGCUGUCGAAGGAUUCCAGUUUCAGGAAAGCUCAUAACUUGGGGAACUCUUUGGGGGAGUCAUCGGAUAACAACUCCGUGAUUCUGGAGACCAAGUCCUUGUCUUCGGGAGAUUUGAAGAUCGUCAAUGUGAAGGAUGCUGGAGAAUUCUGUUGUAAUGCUGAUGAGAUUUUGGGCGCAAAGAAACUGGGAAACCAUUCGCAGUCGAGAUCUGCUGAGGAUAAUGAUGUUCUCCUCGAUGAUUCUGAUAAUUCUGAUUCUGGGUAUUUCAGAAAUGGCCCAAAGAAGGCAGAUUCAGAUGUCUCCGUUGAUGGGUUUCUCAGAAACACCGGAUCCAACAAGGCUGUGAUCGAAUCUGGAUCAGUAUUCAGCAACUCCCCAGCAAAACAGGACAAGAACUUGAACAGACUGAGGAAUGCUGUUGAACUGAGGAAAGAAUGGUACAAAGAGGGAAGAACAGGCCGUUCUGCAACAAAGUAUGAUCUAAGGAAAAAGGGCAAGAGGGUUUGUUCCAACAGCCGGAAGAAAAUGAAAUACGAGUUCAACGCGAAUGGAUUCAACGAAUCAGUCAACGACAGUGGCGAAAACAGCUUGGAAGCUGAUUCUUGUUCAGACACAAACCAAAACACUCCCGGAGAAAGCAAGAUUCAUCAGGGCAGAAGAAGUAGCAAGGCCACAACAGCUGCAGCCACUUGUAGUAAGAAACCGAAUGCGAAAAAGAAAAGCAAAGGGCACGAGUGUCCGAUCUGCUUCAGGGUUUUCAAGUCAGGUCAGGCUCUAGGCGGACACAAGAGAUCACACUUCAUCGGCAGCCAUGAGAACAGCACAGUGGUGAUCCGACAGGAAGUAACUGAGAUGCAUCAUACAAUGAUAGAUCUCAACCUUCCUGCUCCUGUUGAUGAAUGAAACAGAACCUGGACUGCACUGCCCUCAGAGGAAAUCCAAAGAGAUUUUCCUCUCUUUUUUUGCUUGCUUUGCUUCAGAUUCAAGAAUGCUUUCCAGAUGGGAAGGUUAAAAACCAGCUUUUGAUCUGUUCAUAUCAAAGCUUAUUGAUUUGUUCUUUCAAUAUCUUGUUGAUAUCUUAUCAUGGCAGCUUCUUCACAGUAGUGAUCCAUCACAUCUUGCUUCUUCUUCUUUAUCUUCUUCAAACAAGCUUUCACAUUUUGUGCUUUCCUUUUUUUUUUUCAGCUUUCACUUAAAGUCUUCACUAACUAAAUGUUGGAUCUUUUACAU